UUCAACUGUAAUUGUGUUGAGAAUAUUGUACACGAAGAUGUUGGUUUUGACAAAAUGCUUGUUAUUUGUACUUGGUUUGAGAAUCGGAGAAUCAGCUUUUGUUGAUACACUUCACAAGUGCGAUGUCAAUGAUAAAGCUUGUCUAAGCAAAGUGAUUCAAGGAGUGAUCGUAUCUAUCGGUAAGACUGGGAUACCAGAAUAUGACAUACCAGCGAUUGAUCCACUACACGUCGAUAGUCUGAAUAUAAAUUUACUGAAUAUAAUGGACCUAAAAGUAUCCGAUGUUACUGUUAAAGGUCUGAAGAAUUGUGUUGUUAAUGAUGUUCUGUUAGAUAUGAAAAAGGGUCACGUUACAUUGACUGUAGUAUGCGACGUGUCCGUUAAGGCUAAGUACGAAAUAACCGGCGGCAGUCCAUCGCUGAAGGAAAUAUUUGGUGGUUCAUCUGUACGUGGUAAUGGAAAUGCAAAACUUAAGGCCGAGAAACUGCUGGUCAAAUUCGACUACCGUUUCGAUACUGUAAGGCGUGAGGAUGGAGAAGUUUACAUCGAAUGCAAGAAGGACUUGGCAAAAUACAGUUACAAUUUGCUCGGAGGUAGCAAGCUCGCUAUUGACAAGAUAUAUAUCGGAGAUGUGGAAUCUAGUGAUCUGGUGGUUAACUACUUCAAUUCAAAUUCACAAGGUAUUUGGAAGGAAUUCGGAAAAAUUUUCUUAGACGAAGCUAUGGAGAUUGCUCAUGACUUGAUACACAGAUUCUUUGGCUCCGUACCAACUAAAAACUAUUUAGCUGGUGAUCUCUCACAGUAUAUUAAGCAGUGAUAAUGGUCUUAAUAACUUUAAUAAACUUUGUCAUGGUCCUGUU